CCCAGGUCUCAACCGUAGUGCGAGUUUCACAGCCGCUCAGUUUCUGACUGCCAUGCUAUGGGGACGACUCGCCGACUCAAGCCUGUUCGGCCGCAAAACCGUCCUCAUGAUUGGCCUUGCCGGCACUCUCUUGUCGUGUAUUGGCUUCGCUUUCUCGACCUCAUUUCCGCAGGCCCUGUUCUUCAGGUGCCUCGGAGGCAUGACUAACGGAAACGUCGGCGUGCUCAGAACCAUGAUCAGCGAAAUCGUCAGAGAAAAAAAGUACCAGUCCAGGGCCUUCUUGUUGCUGCCAAUGACAUUCAACAUCGGCGUCAUCAUCGGGCCCAUACUGGGCGGAAUCCUCUCGGACCCGGCAGGGAGCUAUCCGAAGCUCUUUGGCCGCAUCGAGUUCUUCAGGCGCUUCCCUUAUGCCACCCCAAACCUCGUUUCCGCCUUCUUCCUCUUCUGCGGGUUGCUUUGUGUCUGGCUCUGUCUCGAGGAGACCCUGGAUUUGGCCGUGAAUAAACCCGACCGAGGGCUGGAACUGGGGCGGAAAUUGCAUGCGUGGCUGUCUCCCCACCGUUCGAGAGCAGGCUAUACGCUUCUGCCAAGCCAGGGUGGAGGGCUCGACCUUGAAGAGCCGCAUGGGGGCGGAGUUGCACACUCGCGGCAGACCUCCGUCUCGGAAGUGCCCCACAGAUCGAACCGGCCACGACGCAAGUACACCCAGAGACUCGCCUUCCGGCGCAUUUUUACGGCAAACGUCCUCUGGACCCUAACCGCAAAUUUCCUGUUGGCUUUCCACCUCGGCACCUUCAACUCCCUCUGGUUCGUCUUCCUCUCGACCCCCGUGUACGAUCCGGCGGCCGAGGGUGGCGGGCAAGCCAGUGAUGCUUCCCUCAAGCGUCGUUCACCCUUCGUCUUCACCGGAGGACUCGGCCUCCGCCCUCCCGAGGUUGGCAUGGCGAUGGCUAUCCUUGGCGUGAUUGGCAUUGGGCUCCAACUCGGCGUCUACCCCUGGCUCUCAGCACGUCUCGGCACCGUGGGCAGCUGGCGUCUGUUCCUGUCCUUCUUUCCCCUGACGUAUUUUCUGGUGCCGUAUCUGAGCCUGGUCCCGUCGGUCAGUCCGCCACCACAUGCCAAGGACGGUGUCAUGAUCUGGGUGGCCAUAGUCGUCGUGCUCUUCUUCCAGGUUGUCGGCCGCACCUUCGCGCUCCCCGCGCAAACCAUCCUUGUGAAUAACUGCACCCCGCAUCCCAGCGUCCUGGGUACUGUGCAUGGGAUUGGGCAGAGCGUGAGCAGCUUUGCGAGAUCCCUUGGCCCCAUUCUUGGCGGUUUCUUGUACGGGUUGGGAUUGGCUAGAGGAGUCGUGGGCGCCGUGUUCUGGGGACUCAGCGGUGUUGCUGCGUGUAACAUCCUAGUGAGCUGGUUUGUGCGUGAAGGAGAUGGACAUGAGAUAUGGCUAGAGGGUGACGAGGAGGAGGCCGAGGUGGGGGGAGAGCGGGGACCGGAGCGGGCCGAUGAAGAACGGAGAGAGCGCAUGUCUCCUUGAUGAUAUAUGUGUAUAUAUGUCCGCGGUAGCGGGUCAGACUGGUCAUCUCCUGUAGGCAGCAUCCGGAGCGUGGAUAGUAACUGUACAGGAGAACCCAGCGUCCCUAGACAUGCGCAUACGAUACUUGGUUACUAGCUCUGCUCUUCUGGGUCCUUCCCCUGCGCAGAGCGAGUUAGCAGACGGACAUGCUCGAUUUCGGGUUGACCUCUAUUGACAUGGUGAUAACGAUCAAGGGUCCGUCGCCAAAAUUGGCAAGGGUCAAUUGCAGCAUUCCAACUACUUACACUGGGGGGGGGGUGUCUCCACUGAACCCACUCUCGUCAUUCAACCAUAAACUUUCAUCCCGUCCUUCGUACAGUGGGG